AGGCGCAGCAGCUCCACAGUCCAGUGGCGAUGCUGGUGUGCGGAGAGACGAGCGGACCGACGCGCUUUCUCCAUCCUCUAACAUGACGCGGCUAUAGCUGAUCAUGCCGGGGACAAGUUGGAAGUAGGGAUAAAAGUUUCUUCUGACAACUAACCUGCCGUUUUCAUCGUUGUCCAACACCAUGGAGUACUGGAGGCAGUGCGCGCUGUGGCUGAUCAGCUGCAACGUGCUCCCGGCCAACCACCGGGUCACUGCGGAGACGGCGCAGGUGUUCGACUUGGCGCAAAUCCUGCGGGACGGGGUGCUGCUGUGCCAGCUGCUCAACAACCUCAGACCUCACACCAUCAACCUGAAGGAGAUCAACCUCAGGCCGCAAAUGUCACAGUUCCUGUGCUUGAAGAAUAUCCGGACCUUCCUGACGUCAUGCUGCGAGGUGUUUGGGAUGAAGAAAAGUGACUUAUUCGAGGCCUUUGAUCUCUUUGAUGUCCGGGACUUUGGAAAGGUUAUGGACACUCUCUCCAAGCUCUCCUACACAACGACUGCACAACUAGGAGGAUUAAAGCCGUUUCCAACUGAGGAGAGCCUGAAAGACGAGGACAUUUACAAUAAUCUGGAGGACUUGAUUGAUGAGAAUGUCCCUGAGGAUGAGGAGGACUUGUACGCAGCUGUCUACGGGCUGGAGGAUGACUGUGAUGGUGGAGAAAUCUACGAAGACCUCAUGAGGAUAGAGCAGCAUCCCCCACCGAAGCAGGCAGAGGUGGAUGUUCGGAGCUGCUGCCUUACAGAGAUCAAACAGACAGAGGAGAAAUACACAGAGACCUUGGAGUCCAUAGAGAAGUAUUUCCUGAAUCCCUUGAAGAAAUUCUUCUCGGCGGCAGAAAUUGACAAAGUGUUUAUCAACAUUCCAGACCUUGUUAAAGUGCACAAGAGCCUAAUGGUCGAUGUGCAGGACUCCAUCCUCAACAAAAAUGCCUUAAAUCUCUACCAGAUCUUCAUCAACUACAAGGACAGACUGCUCAUCUAUGGAAUAUACUGCAGCCGGGUGGAGAUCGCCAUAGCCGUCUUGGACCUCAUCUGCAAGGAGAAAGAGGACGUUCGUCUGAAGCUGGAGGAGUGCUCCAAGAGGGCCAACAAUGGCAAAUUCACAUUGAGAGACCUGCUGGUUGUCCCGAUGCAGAGAGUCCUCAAAUACCAUCUCCUUCUUCAGGAGCUAGUCAAACACACUCACGAUGCUGCCGACAAGAGCAACUUGAAGAUGGCACUUGACGCCAUGAAAGACCUGGCGCAGUAUGUCAACGAGGUGAAGAGAGAUAAUGAGACUCUGAGGGAGAUCGACCAGUAUCAGAGGUCUAUUGAAAACCUGAACGAGCCUCUGAUCAGCUACGGCAGGCCGAAAGGAGACGGAGAGGUGCGCAUGGUGUCCAACCUUGACAAGAGGAAACAGGACAGACACAUCUUUUUGUUUGAUGUGGCCGUCAUUGUUUGCAAAAGACGGGGAGACAACUACGAAAUGAAGGACAUAUUAGACCUCAACUUUUUCAAGAUCACCAACAACCCCACCUCUGACAGAGAAGGCAAAAAGUGGUGCUACGGGUUCUACCUGACACAUCACCAGGGGCAGACUGGCUUCGAGUUCUUCUUCAAGACAAAAGAGCUGAAGAAGAAGUGGCUGGAUCAGUUUGAAAUGGCCGUAUCAAAUAUCCGACCAGAGAACGCCAACAACAACUCCCACCAGUUCAAGAUGUACACGUUUGAAAAGAUCACUUCCUGCAGCUUCUGCCACCUCCUGCUCAGGGGAAUCUUUAACCAGGGUUAUCUGUGUCUCAAAUGUGGCCUGGGGGCCCAUAAGGAGUGCCUGGGACGGCUGGGGCUCUGUGGGAGAACAGAUGCUGCCAUGCUGAGGCCCCAGAGAGGUACCAUGGCACGGAGACAAGCAGACCCAGGUUUACCCAGGAUGCUGGUGAUCAGAGACUACUGUGGCAUCCCCUGUCCCGAGUGUGGCCCCCCGCUGAGCAUUCAUGCGGGAGAUGUCAUCGAGCUGAUGUGCGCCGACCUGCACAGCUCCUGGUGGCAGGGUAAAAUUCUGCCGACGAAUAGGAUUGGCUUCUUUCCAAGUGAUGCUGUCAGGCCUUGCCCAUGUGUUCCCAAGCCCGUCGAUUACUCUGACCAACUCUGGUUUGCAGGGCCUAUGGAGAGAUGCCAGGCUGAGGUGGAGCUUCUGGACCGAGGAAACAGCACCUAUCUGGUUCGGCACAGGAGUAAAGAGUGUACUGAGUAUGCCAUCAGUAUCAAGUUCAACGAUGAAGUCAAGCACAUUAAGAUUCUGACCAAGGACGGCUGCUUUUACAUCGCUGAGAGUCGGCUGUUCAAGUCUGUGCUGGAAUUGGUGGAGUACUACACGCAGCACUCUCUGAGGGAAGGUUUCAGGAGUCUUGACACCACUCUGCAGGUCCCGUACAGGGAACCGUCCAACGGCAACAUGCCUAGGGCCAUUACCAAGGCUGGCAGUGUUCCUCCUGGCGGCUGCAGCUUUGUUCCUCCCUCCUCCUCGCCUUUCUGGUCAGUCUUUUCUCCCAGGGUGGUGGGUAUUGCAGUAGCACGUUAUGACUUCAGCUCCAGAGACACGCGGGAGCUCUCCCUGCUGGAGGGAGACAUAGUCAAAAUCUACAGCAAGAUGCCCAAUGGAUGGUGGAGGGGAGAGGUCAACGGCAGGGUGGGCUGGUUUCCCUCGACCUAUGUUGAAGAGGAGGACUGAACUUGCUGGAUGAACGUCCAGCUGCCCGUCUCCAGUGAGCACCACAUCACUCUGCCACUCUCUGUGCCCUGCAAGUCAGAUCACUUUGAUAAUACCCUGUGACUCAUGGUCAAGGGGAAGCAGCAGCGUCCUCAACCCCUCUACAGCCCUCAGACAGACUCUUGUACAGAGCAGAUGUCAAAUCACAGAUUCUGGAAGCGUCACUCCAUAUCAUGCCUCUCUGCAGCCCUGUCUGCCCCCUGCAGCCCACUGGGGAGUGCAUGAGAUAACCCCGCCUCCGCCUGGAUCCCUGCUCACUCCCAGGCAUCCCAUAUCCACCGCUGGUGUCUUAGUCAGGCCCGGCCCAUCGGGUACAUGAAUAUUUCAGGAGCAUGUAUUCUGUUUGCCCAGCCAUCCCCAGUGUCAAGGAGCGGCUGGAGGAGAAGUUGAGUUGCAGUGUGGUUUCUCUGCCCCACCCUUCCCAUCCUGAACACUGACCCUAAACCAAAUGAGCCAUGUUUCCCUUGUCUGAUUAUUGAUGACUCCAUUGGCUGACAUGAGCGUUGCCUUCCUGCCAACAUGUUGCAUUCCAGGGCAGACUCUGUCACCCAACUGAAACACAAAUUCUGCUGGUGGUGCCCCACCAGCUACACCACGAAACUGAAAGAAGGAGCCUAUUGUUGGAACACUAUCUGUUAUGUUACAUUAUCUCCAUCAGUGGCUGUUCACAGGCUUUUGUGUUGGACUUUCUGUCCAAAAGACUCCUUUGAUAUUUGUAAUUUCCUGACAUUAUAGUGAUAUCAAAUGCUGAAGAGUGUUUUGGCAUCCUUUUGGGAAAGGCUGAAAAGUUUAUGAAAGCACGGUGUGAAGGAUUGAUCUGGCAUUCAUCUUUGAUGCAUAUGCAAUCUUAAUGAAUAUGAAUAACUCUCUUUGGUGAAAUCAUCAAAACAGGGAGGGAGAAACAAACAGUUGGAUAUAAUAUGUGCAGAUGUUUAUGGCACUAAAGAUAAAAUGGUGUGUAGUUUGGCUUCAGAUAUGUGAAAUGUUAAAAUAGAAAAUAAAAGCACAAAAGG